UAUCUAAGUCGUCCUCCCCUCGUUACCAUGUCAAUCCGAUGUUUGUCAAUGGUUACCCUCGUCGUCUUACUCUUAUCAAUUCAAAUCCCUUCUCUUCUAUUCUUUUUCACUCUCUGAAGAACAACUACCCAAGCAAGAAGAGAAGAAGAAGAUCUCAAAAUCUCCCUCAAAACCUCCUAAACCCUAAGUCCCACCUCACAAUGACGACCAUUCAGCCUCCUCCGCCGCCGCCGUCCUCUUCCAAUCGCAGACCCACUUGUCCUUCCUGCGCCAAACCUUCCCGCUUUUGCCUCUGCGUCCGAAUCCAAAACCCCAAUCUCCGUAACUCCAUUGCCGUCACCAUUCUCCAGCACACCCUCGAAAAGAAGCACCCUCUCAAUUCCGCCAAAAUCGCCACUUUAGGGCUGCAAAACGUUGCCGUUGCCUCUGUCUCCGAUGUUAACAUCCACGCCACUUUUUCCAUUCGUGUGAUGAUGGAAACUCAGAACCCACCCAAAAAAAGUUCAGAUUUUGAUGAAUCUUUAUUUUACUUUGACAUCGCCAAAUACGGAGAGAUGAAAUCACCACCACUAGAGUCUAUCAAUCCUGAAUUGACAGAUGAUGCGCUGUCAAAAGGGUUUGUGGUGAAAAAGAUUGACAGUGCGGGUUGUGAGGAGUUUGAGAUAAAUGUUCCAGCAGGAUCUAUGCUUCUCUUCCCUAGUGAAAGAGCAGUUGGAAUUCGGGAGAGGAGGAAGAGUGAUGAUGGUCAUAAAGAAGUAAAGAAUUUGAUCGUUCUUGAUGGGACAUGGGCAAAGGCAAAGAGGAUGUACAAGGAGAAUCCAUGGCUGGAUCUGUUGCCCCAUUUGAAGUUGGAAAUGGAGAUGAUGAGUUUGUACAGUGAAGUAAGGAGUCAGCCAAGGGAUGGAUGCUUGUCCACCAUUGAAAGCAUUGUAUAUGCUUUGAAAGGCUUGGGAGAUGAAACUGAUCAUGGGCUGGAUGAACUAUUACAGGUCUUUGGCUCGAUGGUUGAAGAUCAAAGACGAUGCAAGGAUCAAAGAAGAUCAAUGACCGGUAAGAUUAAUUAAUUUUUUAUUUAUUUCAUUUGGACUAGAUUAGUGUAUCAUCUCAUCAAAUCCAACAACAUUAAUAUAUAUGCCAUUAAAUUCA